AUGUCUACAUCCGCCCCGAGCUCGAGCAGUUCAGAUCCGAAGCUGUCUUACGAAAUUUCUGUGUCUGCUCAGAAGUCGGGCUACCCAUAUGGGAAGCCCCCUCGGAACUCAUUCGCAGAGCUGUCCUCAACACCUUCCAUACUAGCCUCUACAUGUUCAUGUGGUUGCAAUCGAAAAAACACAGUUACUGAUUCCGAGUACGGCUGUCGGCGCCAACCCAAAAAUGUUUAUCUCUUCAAACACCGAAAGGCCGAGCAACAAGAAGGCACAGUCUGGCCAACGCUCAAAGACGUCCUCUUCACCUUGAUCAUGUCGGCGGGGAUUGUGAUGGUGAUUGGUGAGAUCUUGGAAAUCCUGGCGUCUAUCUACCUCACGCAACAGCUAGGCUUCUUUUCUUCGUUGGAAUUUUGGCGCCGCUGGAAGGUCUGCAUGCGUCUUUCAGUUCUGGCACUUUGGCUCGGCAAGCUUGCCUUCGACGCGGGUAUUGCUCUGGGUAAGGCUGAUGCACAGCGAAAGCCGGGUCGUCCACUCGGUACCUCCUUCCUAUCAUCACUGUGA